AGAGCGAGAGAGCAUGUGUGACUGUUUACAGCUGGGACGAUCUGUUUAUGUCAACCUGACUGGCAGUGGAGUGGCUGUUUUUUCCUCUCCUUCUUACGGAUCUCCUCAGCCUAUCUGCUAAAAGCUAUAGUUUUCUCUAAGCCUUUACGUGAGACCCUCUUCGGCUGAGCUCUUAUCGUUUAUGAACAAGUUAUCGAAGCGAUAUCCGAUCUGAAAAAAUAUUUGAGGUGGCUGCGAUAUACUCCUGUAUUGGAGCGAGAGAGACCAGGCAUAGGGAAUAUUCAAAAUAUUAUUUUCCAAAUGGAUGGGAUGAAGCCAGAAUCGACGGCUGAGGAGAAUCAAGAUGAAAGGGAAGAAAGCAAAGGCUGCUUCGAGUGUUGCAUCAAGUGUCUGGGUGGUGUCCCCUAUGCCUCUUUGGUGGCCACCGUCUUGUGCUUUUCGGGUGUGGCUCUGUUCUGCGGCUGUGGGCAUGUGGCACUUACGGGCACUGUGACCAUGGUGGAAAACCACUUUUCUCGGAUCACCUCCGACCAUGCUACCCUAAUUGAUGUGGUUCAGAUUUUGCAGUAUAUCAUCUAUGGAAUCGCCUGCUUCUUCUUCCUGUAUGGCAUUAUCCUGUUGGCUGAGGGCUUCUACACCACCAGUGCUGUCAAAGAGAUGCACAGCGAGUUCAAGACGACUGUGUGUGGACGCUGCAUCAGUGCCAUGUUUGUGUUCCUCACCUACAUUCUGGGUUUGGGAUGGCUAGGCAUCUUUGGCUUCUCUGCGGUGCCUGUUUUCCUCUUUUAUAACAUGUGGACCACGUGUGGUGCCAUGAAGUCCCCCAUUGCCAAUCUCACCUCUGUGGACAACAUCUGUGUCGAUGUGCGGCAGUAUGGAAUCAUUCCAUGGAACGCAAGUCCUGGUAAAGCCUGUGGGUCCACACUAAGCGACAUCUGCAAUACUAGUGAGUUUUAUUUGUCCUACCAUCUUUAUAUUGUUACCUGUGCUGGAGCUGGGGCCACUAUAAUCGCACUGAUCCACUACCUGAUGAUCCUGGCAGCGAACUGGGCCUACCUAAAGGGAGCAUGUCAGCAGACUCAUGACUACCAGGACAUCAAGACCAGGGAUGAUCAAGAAUUGCAGGAUGUGCAAUCACACUCCAAGGAGGGUCUAAACUCAUACUCAUAAACAGUUCUCUCUGCUCUGCUCUGUUACCCCACCUCUACCUAACCUGCUCUCUAGACCACACCAAAAACACCCAAACACAAACACACAGCCGCUGCAAUGACCUGCCACUUUCAGAUGGAACAUUGCACAAACUAACACUGCUAAGCGGUGCGCUAUCUUGACUAUACAUUAUAACAGUGGUAUAAGUUGGCUAUAAUCAUGAUGAAACACGUUCAGACCAGACUGAUCUCAUGAAGUAGCGUGUGUAUGACACGCCAAUUCGUAUUUCCAUUUUUGGCGUGCUAUCAAGAUGCA